UUUAGCAUUCGUGUCCCCUAUUUAGACGAACGUCAGCUUUGUGGGCUCUCUUCUGAAGUUUUGAUCAUUAUACUACAGUCUGCCUUUAUUUCUGACGUGGACAUCAGGUUUAAGGGAGGCUCUGGCUUUAGACCGCCAUUAAAAAACAUAACAAAAUGCCUGGACCAGCAGCAAGUGCAACUAAUGUUGGGGCAUCUAGCCGUUCCCCCAGUAAAACGGUGGCUCCUCGGGCUGCAGGCUCUACAGUCAGGCAAAGAAAAGCUACCAGCAGCAGUACACGCAGCGGUGGCAGGACCACACAAUCUGCUGGUACCGGCGGCAUGUGGCGCUUCUACACUGAAGACUCACCAGGCCUCAAAGUCGGCCCUGUUCCUGUGCUGGUGAUGAGCCUCUUGUUUAUUGCUUCAGUCUUCAUGCUUCACAUCUGGGGGAAGUACACCCGGUCUUAAACCCCAUCUGAAGUCUUCUGACCUUGUGUCUCGGCUGCUUAACACUUUGGACCUGGACCAAACAAGUUUCCUCCUUCGCCAUCACUAUGACACUCAAAUUGGAUUUUUGUGUCCAUAUUAGUACACAAUCUUAAUCAGACUAUGGUAACCAGAAUGCAGCUCCCUCUCACCAGAGUGUGUUUUUUACCCUUGAUGAGGUUAGUGGGAUGAAGCAUUGAAGAUCCACAUCAGACAUCUGAAAUCAGCAGCAGGCAUGUUUUCCUGCUUCUGCUGCAUGGAGGACACUUUUGUUUUCAGGCCCCCAUAAAGAAUUUUCCUGAUAGCCUGAACUUCAUUUUUUGUUAACAGCAUUUGUACAAAAUUUGGUUGUAAAGUUGUACAAUAAAAAUUAAAAAAAUAUUUAAAAAAGA